CAUUCCGACACCCGAGUAAGUCGCGUAAACUGUCUCUUCACAAAGUACAUGGCACCGCAUCAACCAUGCGCUAAAUAUCAGUACGUCCUUACAUCGUCCACUCCAAAGAUCGUCCCGGUCCAAGACCAGGAACCCAAGGAUGAAGAAUCACCAGCUGACUACAACGCUGGCGGGUAUAUGGUCAUUAAGAUCGAUGACACAUUCAAAGACGGUCGGUACAUAGUAGCACGCAAGCUAGGUUGGGGCCAUUUUUCAACUGUCUGGCUCAUCAAGGAUACUCACGAGAACCGCUUCUCCGCUCUCAAAGUGGUCAAGUCUGCUUCGCGUUAUGCUGAGACUGCACGCGAUGAAAUCAAACUCUUGUCUCAGGUAGCUGCUGCAAAUCCGCACCAUCCUGGUCGACAACAUGUUGACACUCAUGUGUGCAUGGUAUUCGAGCCCCUCGGAGAGACGCUUCUCGCAUUAAUUCAACGCAACAAGAAGAAGGGUGUUCCAAAACCUGUCGUCAAGGUCAUCGCGAAGCAAGUGCUUCUCGGCCUUCAAUAUCUUCAUGAUGAAUGCGAUCUCGUUCACACUGACAUUAAACCUGAGAACAUCCUCAUUUCCAUACCAGAUGUUGAAGCUCGUAUUCAUGCCGAAUUGUCUAUUUCGCCAAAGCCAACGUCGUAUCAUGUAGGCGUUCCUCAGCCCACCAAGUCCCGUUCUGGCUUGACCAUUCCUUAUCGACAUGCACCUGCACACGAGAGACGCGUGCAAAUAUUUGAUUCACAGCCAUUAUCAAGUCCAUCGUCGAGAUCUGGAAGUAUCAGCGCUAACGCGAGUAGCCAUAACUUCCAAUCUUCCGGGACAACUCCGAUCGGUGGCGCACCCGUCAGCCAGCUGCUUAGGAAGUCCGCUAGAGCGGAUUCUACUGCCAUCCUUCAUGACCCACCAAUAAUACCUUCCAGUAGCCCAUCCACUUCGUCUACCACCUCCUCCAUGCUAUCCACGCCAGCGAUUUCUAACAGCGCUGUUAGUACGCCCCCUACCUCGGUGGGAAGUGCAGACGUACCUAUCCUGACGAAAAUGGCCUCGCUUACACUCAUGAGUGCUUCGCCAGAUGCCAAGUUCACAUUGCCUCUAAAUACGGAAAGUGACAUGUCAUCCGAGCAAUACGUAUCUACUUCUCCCCUCAUCCAAUCGCACGGUUCUCCAGAGAUCCACCACGUCACUACCGGGCCGUCGCUUCUUACCCAGACUGCUCCGCAUGAGUCCUCCGCGCCGUCUCUCGACCGAACUCCGUCAUCUCCUUCUUCAGGGGUGCCCGCUCCAGGACCACUAUCCACGCCGCUUUCUGCGCCGCUCUCUAUUAAGAUUGCCGAUCUAGGCAAUGCGACACCUUCUAAGCAGCAUUUUACAGAGGAUAUUCAGACACGACAGUAUCGCGCUCCGGAGGCUAUCCUUGGACGACGCGACUGGGGCACAAGAGCUGACGUUUGGAGCGUUGCUUGUGUCGUUUUCGAGUUGUUGACCGCGGAAUAUCUGUUUGACCCUCACGGACAAGGCGAUAUGUUCACAAAGGACGAUGACCACAUGGCGCAGAUAAUUGAAUUACUAGGUGAUUUCCCGCUAGACGCGAAGAUGGGAGGAAGAUAUAGUCGUGAAAUAUUUGAUCACGCAGGGGCACUUCGUUACAUCAAAACGUUGAGGCCGUGGCCUUUAAAUCGUGUCAUGACAGAGAAAUACCUUUUCUCUACCUCGGAAGCGGACGAUUUAUGCCCCUUCCUUGAGCCUAUGCUUGCAGUCGAUCAAAGGGAACGCAAGGAGGUUCGCGAUAUGGUUGAUCAUCAUUGGCUAGAUGUGAAGGACGAGGAGUGGGUAGGCGUCGACGGCUGGUAAUAAACCUUAUGUUUUUUGAUGCUGUCAUUUUAUGGGGUUUUUGUGUCUUGUGGUAUCUGAAAUAUACACCCCCCGCCUUAUCUUUUCUUUCACCCUACUUUAACGGUGUUUAUUCUUCAUGACUGCACGAUAGACAUCGUAAUGAUUGUUCACGAUCUAGAUUCAGACACCCCCUCAUUUUACGCUUCGCGGUCCAUACGACGGUACAUAUGUAUUACAUUUUCUCGAGCCAUAAAUACAAAGUCUUCCAUGCUCAU